UGGAAAAGGGCAACUUUUUUCUGUGGAACUGUCGCUCCAAAUGCAGUUGUUAUUCCCAAAGCUUGCAUUCCUUGUGGCUAACAUUGAGAAGGGAUUUCUUUUGUUUUCUUUUGUCGAUUUUUUUCCCCAUUCAAGCCAUUGCCGAAUGCGUGAGUGGCAUGUUAUAUGCUGGACAACAGCUUGAACAGGGGGAUCACCAAGUCAUUUAUUGUUGGAAAACAAUCAGAGAGAACACUCGAAGAAAUCGUGACCUUGGCUGGCACUUGAGCGAUAUGUACAGUGCCAGUAUGUACACAAUAUAGAAACAAGUGCUUUUACAUAGUACAAUGAACUGAACUAUUCACCCAGCACUUGAGCUGUCUAUAAAAACUGCUGCAUCGCAACUCGACCAGAUCCAGUUGCCAGCGGCUUGUGCCAUUAUCCAUAAUGCGAUUUGCAGCUCUGCUACUGGUCUUGGCCGUGUGCCUUUGCCUGGCCUCAAAUGCGCUUGGCCAAUGCAUAGACACAUAUAAGCCUGGCUGCAAGUUGCCCGUGGAGGUGGGUCGUCCACAACGUAAUUGCAUUGAUCCCACCAAAUAUUGGAUGUGCUCGGCUCUCAAUGGCGAGGCCGAGCUUUUCAAGUGCCAGCCAAAUACGGGCUUCAGUCAGGAUAGAAACGCAUGCAUAUCAUGGAUAGAUUGGGUGUGGAAACCCUGUAUAGAGCCACCAAGUCGUCCAACAGGUUGGCAAUCUUGUUAACAGCACUGAAUGCGUUCAUUUUAAGAUUCCAAAUGCUUAUUGAUGAAAACAGAAUGCCUUUUCGAUUACCAGUAUGAGCAAAAUAAAAUAAAUAUCAAAUUUUUCAUAAAAUUG